UCUACCUCAUUGCAGAAUGUGCGAUUCGAGCAGUAAGCAAGCCAAAAUGAAUCUGUUAUUGAAUCGGAAAAGGAAGAUUGAUGCUGGUGUAGAGCCAGAAAUUCAACAGCCAUCAUCAUCACAGGAAAUGGGGGAAGACGUUGAGUUUGUGGAAAGCGUUGAUAAAAAAUCAGAAGAGGAGAGGCGUAAGGCGGCUGAAGUAAUUGUGAAAGAAGCGCGAAGGGCGAAAGAGCGUGCAGAGUUGGUUGGGCCACAAGGAUGGUUACGACCGAAAAGCCUUAAUACGAAUAAGCAAUUCCUUCACAGAACAUUGGCGGCUACUCUUGCAGAAAGAAGACCAAAGCAUUCGAAACGAGUAGUUUAUAGAUCACCGGAGCGAGAUUCUAGGAAGUCUGAGACAUCGAGAAGCAGGCGCUCAUAGGACUGUUCGAAUGUUCAAGUAGAAAAUACGGGCUUAUUUGUGCAAUUUUUAUUUGUAAACUUCAUGUCUGUCUUUCCCUGUGCUCAUCAUAUAUACCAGCAAUUGUUCUGCAUCCCUCUCUUCCACCUGAUGUUGAAUGUUCUUAUAAGGUUCUUGUACUUAUUUGAAAAAAAA